AUGGCUGGUGCUAAUACCACUGUCGUCGCCGUCGUAGCAAAUCCCAGCACCGACAUUACCUGGUACAGUGAUGCGCUGCAAAAUUCAGCUGUCACAGUUCAGUACCAUUCAGCUGCUUCCUUUACGCCCUACGCUGCCUCCAAGACCGAGUUGCACGAUACGUUGUCAUGUACGAGCACGACCCUGCUUGCUGCCCUGCCUGCCACCGCUGGGUAUAAGCUGACCAGGCUCUAUCUAGGCCUCCCUCACGACUCUCUAAUUCUCGUGGCCGAACCCGUCCCGGACACUCUCUACGAAUCCCUGGAGACUGCCUUGACGGACUGCGGUCGAGGCGACUUGCAGCUGAUAGCCGCCUCGGUGUCUCAGAGCGACGUCUUUGUGGCUGGACCAAGCCAUGCAAUCGAGUCCCGAUUGGCACUCCUGCAGGGUCCAGGCGCACCCGUUCAUCCAGUGUCCUCGAGCUUCGGCUCUUCCGCCGCCAAACUCCGGCUCGUUCACGACCACCUGUUGGGCGUGCAUGCCGUCGCCGCGACAGAGGCCAUGAGUCUCGCUGCCAGGGCCGGCCUGAACACCAACCAAGUCUACGACAUCAUCGUCAACGCCGCCGGUAACUCUGCAGCAUUCGAAACACGAGCCAGGAAGAUCCUCGACGCCGACUCGACUCCGCACUGUACCUUGGGCCAUACAAGGGACAAGCUGGCAAGUUUCCCCUCUCUGCCCCCUGCUACCGAUGUGGUAGUCAGAGCCCGAGACCUACGUUUCCCCUUACCACUCGCCUCAGCCGCUGAGCAGCUGUUCGUCAUGGCGUCCUCCCUGGGCUACGGUGCGCUGGAUGACUCCGCGGUGGUGCGCGCCUAUCUGCCUCACGGCGGCGGCGACGUCAUCAAGGAGGCGACCAGGCGGCCGGCGUGUGCGAACGAGCUCACGCCGACCAGCAGCCCCGGCGAGAUCGCCUCGGUCGGCAUGGUCGGCCUCGGCGCCAUGGGCCAGGGCAUGGCCGCGUCGCUGCUACGCGCUGGCUUUACUGUGAGUGGCUUCGAUAUGAAUACCGAAGCCGUCAGCAAGUUCGUGUCCAACAGCGCAGGGGCGCGAGGAGCCUCUUCGGCGGCCGACGCCAUGAGCGGCGCGGCCGUGGUCAUCCUCAUGGUCCAGAACGCGGCGCAAGCUGACGACAUCUUGUUCGGCUCGGGCAACGGAGCCGACGCCCUGUCUGACCAGACCGUCGUGGUCCUGAGCUCGACGGUCCCGCCGUCUUUCGUGAGAGAAUUAGCAGCCAAGCUGCAAAACCUGGGCCGGGGGCUAUCUCUGCUGGAUGCUCCCGUAAGCGGAGGCGUCGCACGUGCCACGAAUGGCACACUCGCUAUCAUUUGCUCAGGCGAGGACUCAUCCCUAGCCAGGAGCAGGGCUGUCCUGCUGGCCAUGGCCGGCCCGGCCACGAACCUGCACGCGGUGCAAGGGGGCGUCGGCGCGGCCUCUUCCGUGAAGCUCGUCAACCAGCUGCUCGCAGGCGUGCACAUCGCAGCCGCGGCCGAGGCCAUGGCUCUCGCGGCGCGCCUGGGGCUGCCCACCAGAGCCGCGUUCGAGAUCCUCGUCCAGACGGGCGCGUGGAGCUGGAUGCUUGCGAACCGGACGGGUCAGAUGCUCGAAGCCGACUGGACGCCGCACUCGGCGCUGGCCAUCUUCGUCAAGGACCUGGGCAUCGUCCUCGACGAGGCCCGGCGCCUCGGCUGCUACGUGCCCAUCGCCGCGGCCGCGCACACGCUCUACGUCAGCGGCGCGGCGCACGGCUGGGACGGGGAUGCCGACGCCGGCGUCGUGCGACUCUGGGAGGAGCUGAGUGGCGUUUCCGUCUCUGACAGCGCCCAGAAGCAGCAGCAGGCUGAGACGGUGCAUAGUCAACAACGACAACAACCAUCAGACAGAAUGAACCCGCCACGUCUGCCGGCAGCUGAAACGCUGCGGGCCCUGCCGCCCGAGUAUGACGCCGACGACGUGCUCAGCUCCAUCCGACGCGUGGUGAACGGCGGAGGGGUGCCGACGCUAGUAAUCCUCGACGACGAUCCGACCGGCACGCAGACGUGCCACGACAUCAACGUCCUCGCCGUCUGGGACUCCGAUACGUUGGCGCGCGAGUUCCGCGACAGCCCCGCCGGCUUCUUCAUCCUGACCAACUCGCGCGCACUGCCGUCCGCCGAGGCGCGCCGGCUCAUCCACGAGAUCUGCGAGGGCGUCCGAGCCGCCGCCGCCGCCGCCGGCAAGCCGUUCGAGAUCGUCCUCCGGGGCGACUCCACGCUCCGCGGACACCUGCCGGACGAGCCGGAGGCGGUGGAGGCGGCGCUGGGCCGGUUCGACGGCUGGGUGCUCGCGCCCUUCUUCUCGCAGGGCGGCCGCCUGACCGUCGAUGACGUGCACUACGUGCGGGAGGGCGACGAGCUCGUACCGGUGAGCCGCACGCCGUUCGCGCAGGACGCCACGUUCGGGUACCGCAGCUCGAACCUGCGCGAGUACGUGCUCGAGAAGUGCGGCUCCAGGUUCGACGACGGGUCGUUCGUGUCCGUCACGCUCAACGACAUCCGCCUCGGCGGCCCGUCCGCGGUGGCGAGAAAGCUUCUCUCGGUGGCGAGCAGCCCGGACCUGGUCGUCAUAGUCAACGCUGUCGUUGACGCCGACAUGCACGUCUUCGUGGCCGGGCUGCUCGAAGCCGAGCGGCACGGCCGGCGCUACCUGUUCCGAACGGGCGCCGCCUUUGUAUCCUCCAGGCUCGGCAUCUCGGCGAUCCCCCCGCUGACGCCGAAGGACCUGGGCGUUGCCCACCACCCAUCUGCAGCGCCGCGCCGCGGCGGGCUCAUCCUGGCCGGCUCGUACGUCCCCAAGACGACCGCGCAGCUGCGUCGGCUCCGCGAGCGCCGGGGCCCCGCGCUCCUGCACGUCAUCGAGCUCCCCGUUCCGCAGCUCAUCGGCCCCGACACCUCUGCCGCGGACGCUCUCGUCGCCGCCGCGGCGCGCGAGGCAUCGGCGACGGUGGUCGCCGGCAAGGACGUGCUGGUGAUGACGUCGCGGACGCUCAUCCGGGGCGAGGAUGCGCUCGACUCGCUACAGGUGGGCGCGCGGGUGGCGGCGGCGCUGGUGGCGCUGCUGCGCGGCGUGGAGGCGCGCCCUCGGUACGUCGUGGCCAAGGGCGGCAUCACAGCGUCGGACGCGGCGACCAACGCGCUGGGGAUGCGCCGCGCUCGCGUUCGGGGCCAGGCCGCGUCGGGCGUGCCGCUCUGGGUCUGCGACGAGGAGACGAGCAGGCACCGCGGCGUGCCGUAUGUGGUGUUUCCGGGCAACGUGGGCGAUGAGGACGCUCUGGCGGACGUUGUGGAGGCGUGGGCUGUUUGA